AUGAAAACAAGUUAUAAAGCUGAAUUGAUUGAAAAGAACAACAGAAAAAUAAUAUUACGUUUAACCAACAAUUUGAUGUUCGUAACGUUAAAUCAUCCUUCAACGUCAACAUAUCCAACGCUUGACAUUUUUUCGAUGGAAAAUAAUAACGUGCUCGAUAGUUUAAGUCAUAGUAAUGUAGAAUCCAAUCAUCCAAAUCCGAAUUUCUACUUUCACAUAAACCAAAUUGAUGCAAAUAUACAAAGAAUUAAAGAAUUAACAACUAUUCAAUCCAUUGAGAGGUAUCAAAAUACAGAUCAACUCGAUCUACUCUUGAAUAGCGAUCGGCAAAAGUCUUUAGAUAUGUCUUCACAAACUAACCAAUAUGAACAGCCAGCUUAUUUUGCGGUUGAUAAUGACACUGCACAAUGGCAUUCAGAUAAUGAUACACACGAUAACAAUAUAUAUAGUUAUCAUUCAGGCCGAAAUGCAUUAUUCAAUAAUAAUAUACCAAAGCCAAAUCAAACACUCUUUUCAUAUGAAACUAUUGAUCCUUGUCUUUUCAAUAUCGAAUAUGAAGAAAAUCGUUACCACAGUUCUUUGUACUCAGAAUCAAUAUUUAGACCGUGGGUCAAUUCUGACUCGCCUUCUAUCCAACAAGAAAUUCGGUCUAUACCUAUGGACAUCCACCAUUUAUCAUCUAACAACCUUAAUGUCCAAGAAAAUGACACAAUUAAUAAUAUUGAUGAAGUGAAUAAUAAAAGAUCGUCUCCAUUUUGUGUCUCAUACUUAAAGAGGUUACCGUCACUCUUGAAAUCUUCACAACCUCAUUUACAGCAGUCAACUUAUUUUCAUGAACUAUGUUACGAUGAUAAUCACAAUGAUUAUUCCUGGAUCGACCAUUCAUUAGGUCCGAUCCAAAAUGAAAAUGCACAACAAACUCUUCCUUUUUAUUGUUUGGAAGACAAAGUCAUUAUUUCAUCCAAUCCACCUCAAUCAGAAACUUCUUUACAUUUUACAACAAACAAUUAUCUUAAACAAGUACCUUCUCGCAAGCGUGCAAUACAAGCUGAUAUAUCACCCGAGAUAUCAUUUAACGCAUCCAACAAUUCAAAUCAUUCUAUAAGCCAACGAACAAAAACGUUUGAAAUUCAAGAUGAUUUUAUUCCAGAGACACCACAACCUUCCGUUGAUCUUAGCAAUUCAAGAUCAGAUGCUCAACCUCGAAGGCAAAAGCUUAGAUAUCCCGGUGACAUGUAUACUCCUCAAUGGGUGAGAUAUUCAGGCCAUGCUAAAGAAGGAUAUUGUGAUAAUUGCAAACCGGGUAAAUGGUUACAACUGAGGAAUAGCGCCUUUUGGUACCAUAAACAAUUCUUCCACGGUAUUUCUUCUGUUUCUGGCAAAACGUUUGUUUCUCCAAUCGAGACGCGAAAAUUUGAUGAUGAUUGUAUUGAAGGAUUGUGUCAUCAAUGCGGUCAAUGGGUUCCUAUCGCUGCUACAAGAAAAAAAAACUCAAUGCUUUGGUUUCGUCAUGCGCAUAAAUGUCACGUUCAUAUUAGACCUAAAAGUUGUCCUCCCUGUGUAAAGAACGCUAAAGGAAAUUAG